UCUGUCUCGCGAUACUUUGAUGUCUGCGCAACGCCGCAUGAAGUCGACACGAGCUCGGUGACGUCACUGAGCAGGCGCUCCUCUGCAGGCGCGUCGUGAGUUUGACAGGCGGUUGUUAGGACGGUUGCUAGGGACUCCAGAUUCACAGCGACUCGUUUGGACAACAAUGAUCAAUAAUAAUCAGAAAGAAUCAGCGCACGUGAUGCUGUGGAGAAGACCACGCCCUCCUCCUCAGAUCACGCGCGCGCCUCAGAACACAGGAUAUAAGAUGCGCCGAAAAGACACGGUGGAUAAUUUGCUUGUAGCCUUGUGGUGUAUGAGAACUGGCGUUUUAAAACACGUAAAAUAAUAAUAUUUUGUCAAAGACUGUAAAAGAGAUACACAAGGACGUGCGUCGCGCGACUUGUGAGGACAGCUGCGCACAGUAAAGACUCAAGUAGACUUAUGCUUUCGAAACACUGCAGCAGUGGUUUGAUGUUCUGUCGUCGAAGUUGGUGACACGUCACAGUUCUGGAGGCCCCGUCUACAAGCCUGAGGCCCUCACGGCCUGCUCUGCCUACAAGAAGCGCCAGUGUUGCCGAAUUAGGACUCCCCGCCAGAUUACAACUUCCCUCAUUGAAAAAGCCUCGUGCGUGUGGAUUUGGCCCGACGUCAUCAGGACCCACGACACCGGCCAGAAUCACCAGAGGUUUCCCUUCACACGCUCAGCGCACGGCAUCCACAGUCCCACAUCUGUCCAGACCGCCGCCUCUCUUCUGCCUCAAUGACUUCCUGCAGAUGAGCCAAUCAGCACGCAGCUCUCUGACAGAGCUCAGGAACGCUGUUCUGUCCACCUGCAACUACAAGAAACUGCUGGAUUUGUUUCUAUCAGAGCUGCACAGAGGGGCUCGGCAUGAAGUAACCAAUCAGAUUGUGAGCUGUGAGGGACUGACACACGUCAAACGCAGGAUCCCUCACACACAUAUCAUCUGUGAGUUAACAGCCAUCAUUCAGCUGGAGGCGCGAGCAAGGAAUUGUGGGAACACAACAGAAGUGUGUGAGUCAGUGGAGGAGCUGUGGGGGUCACCAGAGAGAGAGAGUGACACACACACACAACCCCCCCGCCACACACCUCAUCAACUUCUGAACUGUGUGACCAGUAAACACUUCCAGGGAUCCCGUCGCUCACGCUCUCCGUUCCGGCCCAGAGAGGAGUGUGAUGUCAUCAGUGCGUCUGAGCUGGCUCUUCUCGACUGUCUCACACGAGGAGGACUGAACCUGAGCUUCAAGGCUCAUUUUAUUUCUCAUCUUCCUGAUGUGACAUCACUGGCUCACUGUCUACAGUCUCUCAACGCCUCUUUUAAUGACCUCACACGUGUUCCUCAUGAGGUGUGUGACUGCACUCGACUGCAGGUGUUAAACUUGAGAGAUAAUCCAAUAGAAGAGAUUCCUCCUGAGAUCAACAAACUCCACAAACUCCACACGCUCAUCAUAUCAUUCUGUAAGAUCACACAUCUACCUAAACAGCUGUACUCUCUGGUGUGUUUGCAGUAUGUGGAUGUGUCGUAUAAUCUCAUCAGAUCUCUCAGUAAUGACAUCAGGAAUCUCAGAUGUUUGAAGUAUCUGAAUGUUGAAGGGAAUCAGUUAGCGGCUCUUCCUGCGGGUCUGCUCAGUGUGUCGUCAUCAGUGUGUGAAGUGAGACUGACAGCAAACUACACACACCCCCUCCUGUGGACAGAGAACAGCCGCAACACACCACAGUCUCUCUUACACACCGCUACACACACACUGGCACAAACACACACACCACAACACUGGAACAGUCUGCCUGAUGCCGCACGGCGCUCACUUCACAGUGCGGACACAUGUGACUGUUGUACAGGACUGAUGUACGGUGCGGGUCUCAAACUGAUCAAGUGUGUUCAUCACAUGUUUGGACUUCAGUUUGUACCCAUCAUGUUCUACUGCUGUUCACCUGCCUGUCACAGGACACACAACACACAUCUUCAUCAUCACUCCUGA